UGACCUGGUCGACUGUGUUCCCUAUACCUCUCGCACCAGCUGUGUCCCCGACCCCAGAAUAAAUCAGGGCUGCGAGAGGCCUGGCAUAGCUCCGGACACAUUUCCUGUAGGGGCCUAAGGAAGGCUGUUUGCAGUCAGGGCGGCGGUGGGGAUUCUUGGCCGUUGAUGGGGCGGGGAAGUGGGGGAGAGCCAGCUGUAGGGGGCGGUGACCACGCUCUUGGGACAGCUCCGCGCCCUCGGACGGGACAGAUCCAAGUUGGGAACAGCUGUGGGCGCAGGGCCUUCAAGAUGAGGCCGGCACUAGCUCUGUGCCUCCUCUGGCAGGCGUUCUGGCCUCGACCUGGCCGGAGCGAGCACCCCACCGCAGACCGCGCGGGCUGCUCGGCCUCGGGGGCCUGCUACAGCCUGCACCACGCUACCAUCAAGAGGCUGGCGGCCGAGGAGGCCUGCAGUCUGCGCGGCGGGGCGCUCAGCACGGUGAGCGGGGGCGCAGAGCUCCGGGCGGUGCUUGCGCUCCUGCGGGCAGGCCCGGGGCCCGGAGGGGGCUCCAAAGACCUUCUGUUCUGGGUGGCGCUGGAACGCGGGCGAUCGCACUGCACUCUGGAGAAAGAGCCAUUGCGGGGUUUCUCCUGGCUCUCCCCCGACGUCAGCGUGUCCGAAAGCGAGACACUGCAGUGGGUGGAGGAGCCUCAACGCUCCUGCACUUCUCGGAGUUGCGCAGGACUCCAGGCCACCCGGGGGGUUGAGCCCGCAGGCUGGAAGGAGAUGCGAUGCCAUGCGCGCGCCAAUGGCUACUUGUGCAAAUACCAGUUUGAGGGCUUGUGCCCGGCGCCGCGCCCCGGGGCCGCCUCUAACUUGAGCUACCGUGCGCCCUUCCAGCUGUACAGCGCGGCUCUGGACUUCAGUCCCCCAGGGACCAAGGUGAGUGCGCUCUGCCCUGGGCAGCUCUCCAUCACAGCCACCUGCAUCGUGGACGAGGUCGGCGCGCGCUGGGACGGGAUACCCUCCGGGGCUGUGCUCUGUCCCUGCCCCGGGAGGUACCUCCGUGCUGGCAAAUGCGCAGAGCACUCUAACUGUGUAGAUGACUUGGGAGGCUUUGCCUGCGAAUGCGCGGCGGGCUUCGUGCUGGGGAAAGACGGACAGUCUUGUGUAAUCAGUGGGGAAGGACAGCCGGUCUCUGAGGGGACCGAGGUGCCCACCAGGUCAGCCACUGCAGCCAGCCCCGAUCAGAAGAGAACGUGGACACCCAGGGUACCUGAAAAGCCAAGGGAGGUACCACAUGUCCUUGGACAAGGCAGUUCAGCAACAUCUAUUGCCGAGAUUCCUCAGUGGGGAGCACAGAGCACGAUGUCCACUCUUCAGAUGUCCUCUCAAGCUAAUUCAAAGGCCGCCAUCACCUCUUCAGGAAGCGUGACUCCCAAGUUUAAUUCCACGUCUUCCCCUGCCAUUCCCCAGGCUUUCAACUCCUCCUCCACCGUGGUCUUCAUACUUGUGAGCAUAGCGGUCAUAGUGUUGGUUAUCUUGACUGUGACAGUGCUGGGUCUUUUCAAACUCUGCUUCCACAAAAGCUCUUCUUCCCAGUCAAGAAAGGAGCCUUUGGCCCAGCCAGGCAUGGAGAGUGGUACCGAGGCCGCUGCUCUGCGCUCCAGUUCUGUACAUUGCACAGACAAUGGGGUGAAGGUAGGGGACUGUGGUCUGCGGGACAGAGCGGAGGGCGCCUCACUGACAGGGUCCUCUCUUGGGUCAGGUGACACAUAGGGAAAAGGCACUCCCUCUGAGCAGAGUUUUUCAUUGUCAAUGAAAGGGGAAAGAAAAUGAACUUAUUUAGGGACUGACUAUUCCUAUAGAAAAUUCUCUUCCCCCAAAUUCUCUCUACUCUACUGAGGAGAUAAAUCUGAACUGGACGCUGGAUCCCUGAAGAAGACAGAGGUGAUUGAAAUGGAAGUGGCUUAUGGUGGUAGUGGGGGCUGGGAUCCUACUGUGGAGAGGUUUUCCCUUGUGUUUAUUCUGGGGGAUUUGGAGAAGGGCUUGAA